AUGGUGUUCCUCAACAUGGGAGGGCCAUCGAAGACCGACGAAGUUGGCGAUUUCCUGAGUCGCCUUUUCUCCGACGCCGAUUUGAUUCCGCUGGGUCGACUGCAAGGUUACUUGGGCCCCCUCCUCUCGAAGCGACGAACACCCAUGAUUCAGAAACAGUACGCUGCCAUUGGCGGCGGCUCCCCAAUUCGAAAAUGGUCCGAAUACCAGAGCGCCGAAAUGUGCAAGAUAUUGGACAAGACAUCUCCAGAAACUGCACCCCACAAGCCCUAUGUGGCUUUCAGAUACGCUGAUCCUCUAACUGAGGAAAUGUACCAACAACUUCUUGCAGAUGGCUUCGGUAAUGGCAAGGGUGGCCGAGCUGUUGCUUUUACUCAAUACCCCCAAUACUCGUGCUCCACCACUGGUUCCAGUCUGAACGAGCUGUGGAAGUGGAGGCAACGACUGGAAGGAAAGAGGGUGGAUGAAAGCGGAGAGGGCACCAUUACUUGGAGCGUAAUCGACAGAUGGCCAGCUCACUCUGGGCUUGUUGAGGCUUUCGCGCAGAACAUUAAAGCCAAGUUGGCCGAAUAUCCCGAGAGCCGCCGAAAGGAUGUUGUCCUCUUGUUUUCCGCCCACAGUCUUCCCAUGUCUGUUGUCAACAGAGGUGACCCUUAUCCUGGCGAGGUUGCCGCCACCGUUUACGCCGUCAUGGAACGACUUAGGUUCUCCAACCCGUACCGCCUAUGCUGGCAAUCUCAGGUUGGUCCGUCUGCAUGGCUCGGCCCUCAGACGGCCACCACGGUGGAACAGUAUGUUGCCAAGGGUCAAAAGGACUUGGUUUUAAUACCCAUCGCUUUCACGUCCGACCAUAUCGAGACGUUGUACGAGUUGGACCAUGAAGUCAUAGGCGAGAGUGGUCACACGGACACGAUUAAGCGAGCGGACAGUCUUAAUGGUAGCCCGGUCUUUAUUGAGGCUCUUGCAGAUAUUGCCAAGGCACAUUUGAGGAGUGGCGAAGCUUGUUCCAAGCAAAUGAACCUUCGAUGCCCCAGCUGCAAGAGCGAGAGGUGUACAGAAACCAAGAAGUUCUUUGCCAGGCAACAGGCGAAUCUGUAG